GCUGAUCAGGUGGAGGAAACUUGGGGUCAGGUGGCAGAGGGUCCCGGGGUGCCCCAGCGCGAUUUGGCUGUGUGUUUCUGUGUGUACAGCACAUGCCUGCUGGGGAGGGGGUCCUGUCUCUUUCUCUCCCUUCCCUUUUCGAUCAGGAACCCAUAGAUGGGCUGGAUGGGGUGUAAGGGGACUCUAGUGCCUCAGGGCCACACGUGCGCGCGCACACACACCAACACUCGCGCGCGCCCGCGCACACACGCACACACACACCGACACGCACGCGCGCGCACACAGCAGGACUCAGCGAUCUGCUCUCCCAGGACCUAGGCCUGGGCAGAGGCCCCUCCUGCUAGCUCCCUCUGGCUGAGACCUGCCUGGCCUGGAGACCCCAUUCCUCAUCGGUGAGGUGGAGUGAUGGGCUGGGGAGUGCCCAGGCUGCACCACGCCAUGGCCAUCGGUCUGCUGUUCUGGGGGUUCUGAGGACACCUGGACGGGGCCCAGCCUUAAGAACCUUGCCAGUCAGAAGCAACCAUAUUUUCCGCCGUGCUGACAAAAAUGAUGACGGGAAGCUGUCCCUGGAGGAAUUCCAGCUCUUCUUCGCAGAUGGCGUCCUCAACGAGAAGGAGCUUGAGGACCUCUUCCACACCAUCGACUCUGACAACACCAACCACGUGGACACCAAGGAGCUGUGUGAUUACUUCGUGGACCACAUGGGGGACUAUGAGGACGUCCUGGCCUCCCUGGAGACCUUGAACCAUUCUGUCCUGAAGGCCAUGGGCUACACCAAGAAGGUGUACGAGGGCGGGAGCAACGUGGACCAGUUCGUCACCCGCUUCCUCCUGAAGGAGACGGCCAGUCAGAUCCAGUCGCUGCUCAGCUCCGUGGAGAGUGCGGUGGAGGCCAUCGAGGAGCAGACCAGCCAGAUCCGACAGAACCACGGCAAACCCAGCCACGGCGCCGUGGAGUGCUGGUACAGAAGCCCCACUCCUCCCUACGCCCCGGGCCCCAAGCUUGUGGCUGCGGAGCAAGGGAAGAGCCUGCUGCCUGCCCCCGGGGACCCCAAGGAGGAGAGUCUGGAGGCCCAGAUCAGCCGGCUGGCGGAGCUGAUUGGGAGGCUGGAGAACAAGACCCUCUGGUUUGACCUGCAGCAGCGCCUCUCCGAUGACGAUGAAGGCACCAACAUGCACCUGCAGCUGGUCCGGCAGGAGAUGGCUGUGUGCCCCGAGCAGCUGGGCGAGUUCCUGGGCUCCCUGCGACAGUACCUCCGGGGUACCGCCGAAGCCCAGCCCUGCUUCCACAUUGCCGCCGUGAGGCUGGCUGACGGCUUCACCUUCGUGGUCUAUGAGUUCUGGGAGACAGAGGAGGAGUGGAAGAGGAAGCCCUCAGGGUUUUCCCCAGUGACUCUGGCACCACCCUCCACACCUGGUCCUGCUGUUGAGGGUAGAGACUGUGCCUUACGGAGCAGCUUGCAGUCACGCAGCGACUUAGAGAUGCCACAAUGCAGAUGGGACCCGCUGCUCAGUCCUGGAGUCUCACCACCAAUCGGGUUUCCAAGCACCUCCAAGUGUGGGAGGUGGUGGCUGCCUGGGGGCUCCCGCCCUACCCACUUGCAGCCAGGACACACCAGUGGCUGUCUGGGCCACCACCUGGCCCUGGCAGCAGGACUUGGCCCUGGCAGCGGGAGGCACAGAUGCAGGUGGCUCCUGGCCUUUCUGGCAAGGGUUAGGCUGUGGCCCCACAGGGAGAAGGGAGUGACCACAGGGAUGCUGUGUGGCAAGACCCAUGCACUUCCAGUCCAUCUUGGGGUGAGCUCAGCUCCAGGGGCCUGCAGGAGUUUCUCCUGGCCUCUGGGUAAACGGGGCACUCCUAGCCCCAGUCUCCUCCUCUGCAAUGCCCCAAGGUCUGAGGCCCAGCAGCCCCCGGCAUAUUCCCCGGGUCUAUCCUCUCCCCACCACUGACCUCACCCGG